AAGCGUACAAAUCCAGUUGCUAAAUCUACUAAUUAAGCAAGUUUAUAAAUAACUUUCUUUAUAAUGCAACCUUUUGGCUCCUCAACAAGUAUGAAGUUAGUAACAUUUUUCAGCUUUAUUUUGCUUGCUAUUCUUGGGGUCACCCAUGGCGAUACUGAUAGAAAGCAUUACAUAGUCUACAUGGGACAACACUCACACCUGAGCUCAGAGUCGGUCAUUUCGGCUAACCAUGACAUGCUGGCAUCGGUUCUCAAAAGUUAUAAUGGAGCAAAACAAGCAACAAUCCACCAUUAUACUAAAAGCUUCAGAGGCUUCUCAGCAAUGCUUACACCUGAUCAAGCAAUGAAACUUUCAGAAAAUGAAGAUGUUGUUUCCGUCUUUGAGAGCAGAAUGAAUCAAUUGCAUACUACUAAUUCAUGGAGAUUUCUAGGAAUCGAUUCUAUUCCGCAAUACAAUAAGCUUGCGACAGAUAUACAAUCGAAUGUAAUUGUUGGCGUUAUUGAUUCAGGCGUAUGGCCGGAAUCACAAAGCUUCACUGACUACGGAUUAGGGCCUGUGCCGAAAAGAUUCAAGGGAGAAUGUGUGUCCGGACAGAAUUUCACACGUUUCAACUGCAACAGGAAGAUUAUAGGCGCUCGAUACUACACCAAAGGAUACGAAGCGGUAAAUGGUCCUCUGGAGAGCAUUAACCAAACUUUCUUUCGAUCACCACGAGACAGUGAUGGCCACGGGACCCACACAUCGUCUACUAUUCUUGGAUCAAAGGUCUCUAAUGUUAGCAUGUACGGAUUAGGCUCAGGCACGGCAAGAGGAGGCGUGCCAAGCGCUAGAUUGUCUGUAUACAAAGCAUGCUGGUUUGGAGGUUGUGAUGAUGCCGACCUUCUAGCGGCAUUUAGUGACGCUAUUCACGAUGGCGUCGAUGUUCUUUCUAUAUCUCUUGGUCAACUUCCGCCCCAACAAAUUUACUUUGAAGACCCAAUCUCUAUAGGAUCAUUUCAUGCAUUUCAGAAUGGUGUUGUUGUAUGUGCAUCGGCUGGUAACAAGUUCUUCCCACGUGCAGUGAUUAACGUGGCUCCAUGGAUCCUCACAGUCGGUGCUAGCACAGUCGAUCGUGAGUUUCCAUCGUACUUACUUCUCGGGAAUCUAAAACAGUUGAAGGGUUUCGGGAUAAACACAAUUCCUGAUCAAGGGAAACAAUACAGUAUAAUAUCAGGGAGCACCGCUGCAGCGUCGGGAAUACCCUCCAGGAAUGCAAGCUUCUGCAAGAAAAACACCUUGGAUUCAAACUCGAUCAAGGGGAGAAUCGUGGUCUGUAUACUCGAGACGUUGAAUGAUGAUCGGAAAGAGAAGGCGAUUGCAAUAAAGGAAGGCGGUGGUGUUGGGAUGAUCCUCAUUGAUCCUCUUGCGCCAUACGUGUUGUUUCAAACCGUUGUUCAAAGUGUUUUGAUCGGGAAAGCGGAAGCUGAAAAGCUUCAAUCGUACAUGGACACUGAAAAGAAUCCAACAGCUAGGAUCUACCUAACAGUAACAAGUGCCGGGAUUAAACCAGCACCAGUAAUGGCGAUCUUCUCUUCCAAGGGACCAAACAUUUUAUCUCCCGACAUCAUCAAACCAGAUAUAACAGCACCAGGAGUGAACAUUUUGGCCGCAUGGUCACCUCUCGCGACAAAAAACACACUUGGCAACAACAUAGACUUUAACAUUCUCUCUGGAACCUCUAUGUCAUGUCCACAUGCAGCUGCAGUGGCUGCACUAAUAAAAUCGGCUCAUCCUUAUUGGAGCCCAGCCGCGAUAAAGUCUGCAAUAAUGACCACAGCUACCCUCAUUGAUAACACCCAAAGUUUCAUAAGAAAUGAUGAUACUACAAUUGCGACUCCUUUUGAUUUCGGAUCAGGACAUAUUAACCCAGCUGCAGCAAUAGAUCCCGGACUCAUUUACGAUUUUGAUACCAACAAUCUAAUCGAUCUCCUUUGCAGCUAUGGAGCAAACGACGAACAACUCAAGAACUUGACUGACACACCGGUUUACUGCAAAAAAACUCCCACGCAAUCCUAUAACUUCAACUAUCCAUCCAUCGGUGUCGCUAACAUGGUUGGAAAUUUAUCGGUUUACAGGACUGUUACAUAUAUCGGUGAAGGCCCAAUUGUUUAUUAUUCAACACUAGAAGCAAUUGCGGGAGUAAAAGCUUGGGUUUAUCCUGAUGUCCUUAGGUUUUCGAAAUCGGGGGAGAAGAUGACUUACAGGAUCGAUUUUGUACCUUAUAAAAGCAACAAUGGCAGCUAUGAAUUUGGAUCAUUGACAUGGAAAAAUGAUGAUCAUAUGGUUAGGAGUCCGAUUGCUGUUAAUGUGGUUUCGAUUUGAUAUCAUAUAUCACAUUUAUAAUUUAUGGAUUAGGUUCAAGAGUGAACAACUUCUUGAGAGUGAACUAAGUGAACUAAUCUUGGCCGUUGAUCAUUUUUAGAUUAAAAGAGCAAAAUUGACAUUAGUCAAGUAUAUUUAAUUAAAAUCCCAUAAUUUUCUCAUCU